AUGAAUGCUCCCCCGUGCGCCCCAUGCAUGAUGCCCCCCCGUGCGCCCCUCAUGAUGCCCCCCCGUGUGCCCCGCAUGAUGCUCCCUCGUGCGCCCCUCAUGUUGCUCCCUCGUGCGCUGUCCCCCGCCAGGUGCGGCAUUCCUCACUGCCGUCGCAUCUGCCUCAAUCGUCCCGCCAUUCCUCCUUGCCCGUUCUGCACUGCACGGCGGCGUUUCAACCGCGGCGCCUGCCGCUCAGGCCAAGCCCUUGGUGUGGAAAGGGAGAACAGUCUGUAA